AUGGCAUCCUUUGGAAAGCUUAAAAUCAAAUCUGAUGGUGAUGACACAAUUCAUGCUUCAAGCAAGAGAAAAGGACAACCUGCAACGAUUGGGAAGGGCAAAGGAAAAAUUGCAUCUACAUCCACUAACAACAGUUUACAGGUUGAGACAAUGCUGGAAUCUACAGACACUGAAACAACAAGAACAUCUAGAGGUCGUACCCAUCUGGAUAAGCUUACUAAACAAAGGGUUCAAGGAAUUCGAAAUGAGGUAAGAUUUAAUAAACUUGGACAGCCAGUAGGAGGAGCUGCUAUUGCAAUGCAAAGUUACAUUGGCUUGCUUGCUCGAGAAAAGGUCAAGAUAUCUUACAAGACGUGGAAACAAGUUCCAAAUGAAGUUAAAGAAUUGAUAUGGGAAUCAGUUAAUCUGACAUAUGAUGUUCCCCCAAGUUGGAAGAAGGGAUGUUUGAAUUCAGCAAGUAAUAAGUGGCGUCAGUUUAAAUCCCAUCUCACUCAGACAUUCAUUUCGAAGAAGCUUGACAAACUCGAAGAGUUGGAUGAACCACCUAGCGGCUAUGGUCUUGCAAGAGAUGAUUGGAUUUCUUUUGUCAGGACUCGCAUGUCUGAUGACUUUAUUAAACUAAGUGAACAACAGAAGGAGAAAAGAAAGAAGAACAUAUACCCCCAUCGCCUUGCUCGUAAAGGAUAUGCACGAUAUGCUGAAGAAAUAGCAAAUGAAUUAUGUGACGAUGAUGAAAUCAAUAGAGCUAUUAUUUGGAAGAAAGGAAGGGUUAAUAAAGAAGGGAAAUUUGAUGGCCAAGAGUUGAAACAAACAAUAGACAAGAUUGAUGAUUAUAUACAACAGAAGCGUGAGGGUACACUCGAAAUUAAUGGGACAAAAGAAGAUAUUCUUACGAAAGCACUCAAUUCAAGAGAACAUAGUGGACGUGUGAGGGCUGUUGGAGGUCAUAUCACUCCAUCAUUGUUCUUUAAUGGUAGUAGAUGGAAGACUGACCAUGUUGAUAGAGAGCUACUGAUUGAGCAAAAGAGAGAGUUGGUGGAGGCUAGAAAAUUAAUUCAAGACCAAGAUACACGCAUUCAAAACCUUGAAGCAAUUGUCUACAAAAAGGGUGCAUGGGGCAGUGACAUUGAUGACAAAGGAAGUUGCUCGGUAAAGUUACCUCAGCAAAAUGACAAUAAACUGAACACCGAUAAGACUUUCCCCAGUCAUGAAGAGUUCAAUGAUGUCGAAAUGCAAGUUGUGGAUAAAGAAGUUGCUUUACAGGGUAAAUCAGUUAUUUUGACAUUGGAUUCUAGCACAGACAUUGUUGCAUAUGGUACAGUUGUUGAGGUCAUUGGAGUUAAUCACUCUCUCCAUGGUGUUCCGUUACCCAAGAAUUGUAUGCGUGUAUCCAUCGAUGAAGCAAUGCAGAAAUCAGCAUGUUUGCCAGUUCCGAUUCCCAAUGAAUGUGAAACUAUUGGUGAUGCUGUUGGAACCCAUGUGGCUUGGCCAAAACACCUGCUGAUGCUACGACAAAAGAAGCGUCAAAUGAAGAAAACAGCACAUGUAGAAAAUAACCAGACUUUGUUAUCAAGUGUGCCAAGAUCAUUGCGCGUGGUGUAUUGUUAUUGUAAGCGUGCUCUUGAGAAUGGAAGGAAAUUGUCAAUUGCUUUAGAUCAUGAGGUAUUUCAAGAUGAUUAUGAACUGAACUUGCAUCUUGAGGACAUUAGUGCUUUGUAUCACUUGGAGCCAAUUUCAGGAAAUUGUGUGGUUGUUUACAUAUGGUUCCUAGGCAGCCAGAUGCGAAACAAUGUGGUUAUUACGUGA